AUGUCAAACGGAAUUCAAUCUGUAGAAUUUGAAGCUUUCUAUCUAGUUGAAUAUUUAAAUCAAUUAAAUUUUGUCAGUGUACCUCCUCAUGAAGUAUCACUCAAAAUUGGCACACCGAUCAUGGUUUUAAGAAGCAUUAACCAAAGGGAAGGAUUGUGCAAUGGUACAGGAUUAAUGGUAUCUCAGUUGCUACCAAAUGUAGUAAUUGCAACUAUCAUUACUGGAACAUGCAUUGGGAACCAAGUAUAUAUACCUCGUAUUAAAUUUAUCCACAAAGCUCCAAACAUACCGUUCACUUUUAUCAGAAAACAGUUUCAAGUAAAGGUAUGCUAUGCUAUGAUAAUUAACAAAAGUCAGGAUCGGUCGUUAAAGAAGAUUGGUGUUUACCUACCUCAAUCAGUUUUCACACAUGGUCAACUUUAUGUUGCUUUGUCUCGAGCCACAUCUCCAGACUCCAUUAAAGUUCUCAUACACCCUAAUGUUGACAGUAGACACAACAAAACAAAAAAUGUUGUGUUUAAGGAUUUCUUGCACAAGACGGUCAACCAUUCACCCUUCUUAUCCUCUCAAACGAUUCUGGUGAAGAAAUUACUAUCAACUUAUGGGAAAGAAUGCACAGACAUACCUGAAAGGUUCAAUCAUUCUGCUAUUGAAAAUGCACCUAGUCCAGUUGUACUUGCUGUAACAAAUGUUAAAGUUACACUUGUUGCCGGUACACUGAGACUAGGAACAACAAGUAUGAGUCACAUGUACAUCAAUCCACCUAUCAGAGACAUAACUGCACUUCUCGAGAGGAAAAGACUUUCACUGUCAACAUAUGUGAUGGACUUCACAUUUACAGACACUUGA